AUGGCGGCUCCCGUGCGACUGAUUUCAUCUCUUUCGAGACUAUGUCGGGUUACACCACUCAACAAUGUUGGACUUUGUAAUUAUCACAGCAUAUCUACACAGUCUGGAUCUCUACGUCAGCUUUCAUCGAAACUGAAAUGUGAAAAUGUUUGUCAUCAUAUCCUAUACAAUGGCCAGGCUUUACCAUAUAAACAUGCCACGCCAUCCAGUUUGAGAUGUAUGAGAACUUUUGUUAGUAGAAGUAGUCAGAAUACAUCACAUAUCCAUGUGAGACACAGAGGCCUAGGUCUGCCAGCAAAACAGCUGCUGCAGAUAAACACACACAGAUGUCAGCCUCCAAAAAGAACUUUUCAAAAAGUCGGGAAAAAUAGAGAAACAAGGGGAGGGUUAGGGCAACAAAAGACUGGACCGAAAGGAGGAGGAACUGGGGAGGCAGGGAUAACCUUAAUGAAGUCAUUAGCUUUUGCAGUUGGAGUUAGUAUAUGCAGUUUCACUGGCUGUAUGAUAUGGUACUAUGAAGAUACCAGGAGUCAAACUCAAAGGUUUGAACGUCACCUUCGUGCUAGUGCCACACAGAAGGUUGGCUUCAGACAAGAUAUGGAACAUAUAUGGAAUCAAAUACCACCUGGUCCCAAAGUCGUAGCCGGCAUCAUUGCUGCUAACUUUGCUGUAUAUCUGUUGUGGCGGGUACCAGUCUUUGCAUCAACAUUGCAGAGGUACUUCCUGUUAUCAGCUGAUAACCCUCGUUUAUCGAUGCUGUGCUCUUCCUUCAGUCACGUGAACUUUGUUCAUAUUUUCAUGAACAUGUAUGUAUUCUGGUCUUUCAAGGAUAUCGCCUCCAAACUUGGACGCGAGCAGUUCAUGGCUGUAUACCUUAGUGCUGCUGUGGUUUCUAGUCUGAUGAGUCAAGUAAACAUGAUAACUAGAGCAUUUCCUGCAGGUUCUCUUGGUGCUUCUGGAGCUCUGAUGGCCGUUUUAGGAAUGUAUUGGCAUUUCCUACCAGAAGGCAGACUUAGUGUUCCUUUUGUGUACAUAUUCUGGCCACACAGCUUCUCUUUGGAUACGGGUGUGAAGUUCCUCCUCGCCAUGGAUACACUGGGGCUGAUCCUGGGCUGGCAGAGGCUUGAUCACGCAGCUCAUCUUGGUGGUUUACUGUUUGGAUACUGGUAUGCCAAGUAUGGACGUGAGUUGAUCUGGAGUCAAAGAUAUAAGGUCAUAAGACAAUGGCGAAAAUUUAGAGAAUAGAAUUUAUGAACAUCAAAACUGUGAUUAACAAAACAUUAUUACAUGAGUGUGUAAAGAACAUCGUCGUCCUGGUUAUGAUGUUCAUUCACUAAAUUUGAUAGAGUGCAUGCAUGGAACGUCGGAUGUUUAACUCAUGGAUGAAAAAAGUAAUGAGAAGAAAAAAUUAACUUGUUUUUAUAGUCUUCCUGUUUCUUCAGUGUCAAAAAGAUUCAAGUUAAUGCAGCAUUGCUAAAAUACCUCGUAUCAUGUUUCAUUUCUCUAGUCACUACAAGUCUGGUAUAGUGAACAAUUUGUGAGGUACUCCCUUCCUUCUGUCUAGUAUACUAGACAAUAUAUGAGGUUCUCACUUCCCCGAUGCCUAGUAUACUAGACAAUAUGUGGGGUACUCCCUUCCUCUGUGUCUAAUAUACUAGACAAUAUGUGGGGUACUCCCUUCCUCCGUGUCUAGUAUACUAGACAAUAUGUGGGGUACUCCCUUCCUCUGUGUCUAGUAUACUAGACAAUAUGUGGGGUACUCCCUUCCUCUGUGUCUAGUAUACUAGACAAUAUGUGAGGUACUCCCUUCCUCUGUGUCUAGUAUACUAGACAAUAUAU